AUGUCGAACGUGUCCAAGGAGAAGUCUUCUCAGUCGCCGGCUGACCGCCCCAAGGCGCAACUCGAAUCUCAGUCCGCCACCUUUGCGACUUCUGGCGCACUUGGACGAGAUAUCAAUGCGAAGCGUACACCGGGCGUACCUCAUGUCGCCGAUGACGUCGCAGGUGGGACAAGCGGCAAGGAAGAAAAAAGCAAAAAUGAAGAGGCCGCGGGCUCCAACAACGACACGCCGCCUGCACUGUCCGAGUCCCAGAUACAAUUGAACCGGUACCGGGAGCGAUUGGCACGCGAUCUGGAGCGUCGCGAGAUGGCGACAAGGGGUCUCAUGGCGACGCCUCCUGACAAGGUUCGCGUCUCUCCAAUCCCCGAGGAGAGCAACAAUACGCUCCAGACCAAUCCCGUAGCCCUGGCGACAACAUCAUCCAGCCUGACAACAACCUCGACCGAGUCGGGAAACACCAUUCGCGGCGGCAUCACUCCGGGUUUUGUCGCAGGUACUCCUUCUUACCCGUUCCCACGUAUGUCGACGCCUGGGUAUGCCAUGAAUCCGAUGAGCAGACCAUUCGGCAACAUGUCACCAACUGCUGCGGCUUUCAUGUCGCAAACCAUGUCAUUCGAGGGUUUUGGAGCUGCUCAAGACAAGGUCCUCUCCGGCUCGUCGACGCCCGCAUCAGCGCUGACUUUCCUCCCUGCCGGAGCUACUGGCCAGUUGGAUGGCGAUUUCCCCAGCCCUAAUUUGUAUGACUUGUCACUAAUGCUAAGUGCCGAACCUGGACUAGAUGCGUGGUGGAACACAGUCGUGCAGAUCAUGAGGGAUGUGUACAAAGCCGAAAGAGUCACACUUGCCGUGCCAGCUGAUACCACUGACAUCGAAAACGUGCCGUGGGGUCAGAAGGCGACCUAUAAUGAACACCAAGAAGACGACCUUAGUCUUGGUUACAUGGCCAGAGGCAGCAGUCUCAUUCCCAGCAGUGCGGGUGACGUUGUCAUCGAAGAACAAGCAGCGCAUGAAGACCCUUCACGACCAAAGCUUGUUCCGCGACCGAGUCUACAGACUCGCCACUCCUUCACCGCUUACGAGGAUAACAGAGAGAGAAAAGGUGGCAGCGAGAGACUUUUGCCCUCCCGUCGUCCAGCGCAGCUUGGCAGGAGCAAGAGUUACUUUCCGCCGGCACAAGCGCCCGAAGAAGUCGGUUCUGAGCCGUCAGGGCCGCCACUCAACACGUCGGCACUCGCUGAACACGAUGCUGAGGAUCAAGACGUGCCCAGCUGGGAAGUACCUCUUGGUGCAAAUCCAGAUGUUCAAGGCAGGGUCCUCCCUGUCCUUCAAGCUUUAGACUACGAAGCCGAUCCUCUCAUCGACCACAGUGGCGUCAUGCGCGUUCUUGAACGCGGUAAGGUGAUUGCACUCACAAGAAGCUACCCAUACCUGCAAAAUUUACCAGAUGAACCGGCUGCCAAGGCCAAUCCAGCGACGAAAGCGACAUCGACAGAUGCAGCCAGGAAAAAGCUGAAGAAGAUGAGGGCGGACUCUAGCUCGAAGUUGUCAACUAUUUUAGGAGGCGGAAAUCCUCCGCGGAGUCUGGGUCGCAGCCAGGGACUAGAAAAACCUCAGCCUUCAAGCAUGAUUUCGCGACUGGAGGAUGAUAAACCACGGCCGCCGACCCCAAAGUAUGAAGAGUUUGAGCAAGCUCCUCCGUCGCCAUGGUCUCAGUCUCCUGCGCCAUCGCCCGCGGUCCGCGCUGAUCCCACUGAGAACCCCUUUUUCACUGAUGCGAUGGUGGAUGAAGAUUCCUUCAACCCGGGGUCCGCGCCUGCAGACUACGCUGGAAUGCGACCGCCCGAGGCGAUCGGAGUGGACAACUCAUGGACUGUUCUUCACAUCCCCCUGACGCAUCUCCUUCUUUCCAAACCUGUUCAUCCAUUUAAACUCGACACAACCAUCCUCGAGCAGAAGACGCACAGCCGCAAUAAGAGCGAGAUACAUGAUCAGUCAGGGGACCAUGACGCGUCUGCUAGCUCCUGGCAACGAAAGGACAAGCCUGCACCAAUUGCCAUUCUUUCGAUACUCAGCCCCAUCAUCCCAUAUCCCUCGAACCUUCGCCACUCUCUCGAGUAUCUGGCCCCGCACCUAGCGACUUCAUUCUCUCUUUGUCGUCAUUAUUCGAAUCUGGAGACGGAGCUUGCUGGACUCAACCGCCGGAGACCUCACACCGCAGGUUUCGGUGCCAUUGCUGCUGAUGGACGACCGUUGGCAGACCCUGCCAGUAUCGGUAACCUUAGUUUUCUCCCCUCCGAGGACCCGACUGCCCAUCGCUCCCUGGCGGGCAGUAUCACAAGCCCAAGUGACUACUCCGGUGUCUCCAAGAGCGCAACUGGCUCGCCGAUGGGAACACCAGGCUGGGACUCUAGCUCGCUCCAUAUGCUUAUGGACAAGCGCGGGCCUUCGACCAGCCCUGCCUACUCUGGAGGCGAGAGCUACUUCAACACCAACAAAAAAGCAUCUUCGGCCCGAGCAGAAACAUCCUCAGCGAGUUCCCAAAAGACGCGACGCAGUUCCAAGGAGGGCUCACCAGUCGAUCACAGGCAAGCUCGUCUGUCGGUUGGACUUCAUGCUGUCGCGCAGGAACCCUCCUCCACACCCGGGACAGGUGAAGGUCAAGACAUCAUCGAGAGGGCUACGGAAAGUCGGGUUUCCACGCCGGGUGGUGUCAAACGCGUACUCUCCAGCGAGUUGAAGAAUUACUUGGAUGAAAUCGCGGUACUCGAACCCCGACUGAAGUCUGUCGAGCAGAAGCCUUUGGAACAGAACCAGCACACUCUCCUACACUCCUACGGUGCCGACUUCGCCACGAGCUUCCAGUCACUACCGCCUAGUUCGAGUGUUGUGAGCAAGCCUGUGCCCCACACGGCACCGUACAGAGCUGGUUCAGUUACUGUUGGCUCAGUCGAUAUGCCGCCACCUUCCGAUCGAUUGAAAGGUCUCAUCCUUGAUUCCCUUCCAGCGCACGUUUUCGUGUCACUGCCCCAAACUGGCGAGAUUGUAUGGGUCAAUAGUCGCUACCUGACGUAUCGAGGACAAACAGUGACCGACCUCGCUGCUGACCCUUGGGGCAGCAUUCACCCUGAUGAUAGGGACGAGUACUUGAAGGCUUGGGGCCACUCUUUACGGACAGGGGAGCAAUUUUCGAGAACAGUUCGUAUAAGGCGCUUCGACGGCGCUUAUCGAUGGUUUUACGCCCGAGCUGUGGCUUCCCGUGACAAGCGCGGAGUCAUGAUGCAAUUUCUCGGAUCUUACAUGGAUAUUCAUGACCAACAUAUUGCCGAACUCAAAGCCGCGCGUCAAGAAGAGAUUGAGGCAUCAGAGGCGAAGCAUAGACUUUUGGCAAACCUCAUCCCCCAAAUCAUCUUCACAGCUACCGAAGAUGAGGGCAUCACGUUCGCCAACGAGCAGUGGCUCUCAUAUACAGGCCAGAGCUUUGAAGAUUCACUUGGUCUCGGCUUCAUGGACUUCGUCCAUCCUGAUGAUUUAGCGAAGUGCCAAAUACCCACAGAUCGGCCGCCCACACCCUUUCCAGCCAAAUUCGAUCGUAAGAGCCAACAGGAAGCUGCAUCUUUCGAGGCUGCUUUCACGAGCUUGACUGCGCCAUCGAAGGGUCAAAAUCUGAUGGAGACUAAUAUCAGAGGAAUACACCAAGCGCUUUCGCGAAAUAACAGCUCGAGCAGUAGUUCGGUGUACGAGAUGCCUACCGCAGAUCUCACGGAGCUGGCGAGGAAAGGAAUCAUCAAGGUGACUACCGACAGCAACGGCAGACUGUCGUAUACGACCGAGGUCCGAUUGCGAUCUCGGAACGGAGAAUACAGGUGGCAUCUGAUUCGAUGCGUCGAGAUUGACAACAUUGAUUUCGGCAACGGAGCGAGCUCAUACUUUGGCUCUGCUACGGACAUCAACGAUCACAAGCUCCUGGAAGCCAAACUCAAAGAAGCCAUGGAAUCAAAGAGUAGAUUCUUGAGCAACAUGUCGCACGAGAUUCGCACCCCAUUGAUCGGAAUCUCUGGCAUGGUCAGCUUUUUGCAGGAUACGACCUUGAAUGAGGAGCAGCGUGACUACACCAACACCAUUCAAACGAGCGCCAACAGCCUCCUCAUGAUCAUCAAUGACAUUUUGGAUCUAUCCAAGGUCGACGCCGGCAUGAUGAAGCUCAAAUACGAAUGGUUCCACACGCGCUCUUUGAUUGAAGAUGUCAACGAGCUGGUGUCCACCAUGGCGAUUGCCAAGAGACUUGAGCUCAACUACAUUGUCGAAGAGGACGUUCCUGCUUGGGUCAAGGGCGACAAAGUGCGCAUCCGUCAGGUUCUUCUCAACGUCAUUGGAAAUGCCAUCAAGUUCACUGCCGAAGGUGAGGUGUUCAGCCGAUGUAGAAUCUUCACCAACACAAAGUCGGCACCCGCCAACGACGAGAUCAUGCUGGAGUUUGCAGUUAUCGACACCGGACGAGGUUUCACGAAAGAGGAAGCGGACUUGAUCUUCAAGCCCUUCAGCCAAAUCGAUGGAAGCAGCACCAGACAGCAUGGAGGAAGUGGUCUUGGCUUGGUUAUUUCCCGACAGCUGGUGGAGCUCCACGGUGGCAAGAUGGAGGGCACUGCAGUUCCCGGCAAAGGCUCGACUUUCACAUUCACCGCCAAGUUUGCCCUCCCAACCUCAGCCGACCACCCCGAUGGUCCGAUCAGCCCCGAAGCGUUCAAGCCUGUCGUUCAAGCUCCUGAGGAGGUCACCGUUCUUCGCCCCGCUGUAAAAGCUUCGCCAGCAGCAAAAGCCAUAUCGGGCGCAAGCCCGAGCACUGAUGCUGAGUUCGUUUCGCCAGCUCUGGCGUCUAGUGGAAGCUCUGAUCCUUCGAUACGCUCUAAUAUUUCCCAAGUUACGGAGCGCACAUCUGUGUCUUCGGUCAACGUCGGUCUCGUACACUUCAGUGAAGCCGCCAGGGCGAGCGGUCAAGACCUGUCAGAGAUGAAGCUUGAGCUUCCUCCCAGCGAAGCAUCAUCGGGCACGACACCGACCCCUGAGACAUCUAAGCCCGUCAAACUGGAAGACUUCAGACCUCCCAUGUACUCGAUCCUCAUCAUCUGCCCGCAAACUCAUAGCCGCGAGGCCACGGCGCAACACAUUGAGACGACCCUUCCCAAGGACGUGCCUCAUCAAAUCACAGCUCUUGAUUCAGUUGACAAAGCUCAAAGCCUUCUGGGAGGAGAUGAAUCUGUUAAUUUCACGCACAUCGUUCUCAACCUACCCUCGCCCGAAGAGAUCAUCGGAUUGAUGGAGAGAAUUACAAAGUCUACGACCAUUAGCAAUACGACAAUCCUGAUCUUGUCCGAUUCGGUUCAGCGGCAGGCGGUAAUGAAACUGGCAACUGACACAAAGUAUGAGCAGCUGGUGUCUGAGAACCUGGUCACCUUUAUCUACAAGCCAGUCAAACCAUCCAGAUUUGCUGUCAUCUUCGAUCCGGACAAGGUUCGCGAUCUUAGCAUUGAUCGAAACAGGUCUACAGCACAACGCAUGGUGGAAACUCAGAAGGCCAGUUACCAGGAAAUCGAGAAACGUAUGGGCAACAAGGGGUAUAAGGUGCUGCUGGUAGAAGACAACCCUGUCAACCAAAAGGUCCUGAAGAAAUACCUCAAGAAGGUCGGCGUGGAAGUCGAGGUUGUUGCAGACGGAGCCGAGUGCACCGAGACCGUCUUUUCUCGCUCCCAUAGCUACUUUUCUCUGAUACUGUGCGACUUGCACAUGCCGCGCAAAGACGGCUACCAAGCUUGCCGGGAGAUACGGCAGUGGGAAAAGGAACGGGGAUUCAAGAAGCUGCCCAUCAUUGCGCUUUCGGCCAAUGUCAUGUCCGAUGUUCAGGACAAGUGUGUGGCAGCUGGCUUCAGUGACUAUGUUACGAAGCCGGUGGACUUCAUCGAUCUCAGCAGAGCUAUGUCCAAGUUCUUCUGA